AUGCCAAUUUCUGCUAUAUUCAACAAUCAUAAGUAUCAACCAUUACAAUGCGGGGUAAAAACCUUAUCUGAUUUCCCAAAUGAAGUCAUCGUUGCUAUCCUUCAAAACUUGUCAAUUCCAGACAUUUUGACCAUGUCCUUGAUCCUCAACUACCGAUUGCGCACACUGACAAGAAAAGUACUCGUUGAAAAGCUGCUGGACAGCAGCAAAUGUCAUUUACGACUCUGCUUUGACCAAGAGAGUCAUUGGCGAUUCACCGUGGAUUUCAAAUUAACCAAGGCUACAGAGACAAGAUUAGCAUUCACUCCUGUGAAGCAAGUCAGUGUGAGAAUGUACACCUCCAAGCUCCUUCGUAAACCCGUCUUGUACAAGGCUUCUCUUGUUGGUCCUGAUUUUGUUGAGACUAACGAUGCGUUGUUGGUACAUAAUCUCAUCAAAUCAUCCUUGUCCCUGGAUAUCAAAGACACCGGUUUACAUCAACACCAUUACAGCUCGAAGCAGCAACGAGUCUUCUUGGCUUAUAAUAUCACCAAAACCCCACAGGAUGUCAUCAAGGAAAGACCAGGUGAACGUUGGGUAGAGCCAUUGGGAUUUGAGUGCUCGUUUGACUUUUUGGCUCAACCUAAAAAAAAGAUGCAGCGUGUCUUUGACACUCUCCACAACAGGCCUACUCGCAGACAGAUUGACAAAAAACUAUUCACUACAAGCACUAGAUUGCCAACAAACUCGCAGCAAUUUGCAGUUGCAGAGGCAGGAGGAUGGUGGCAGCAGAAAUACCAUUACAUGUCACCCGUUGAGAAAUCAAUGCGAGCUCAAAUGAUGCCAAUUAUCGGUGGUCUCACAGCAUCCACUUUGGAUACACCCAACUACUCCACUCAUGCAUGA